GAUUUUUAAUAGUUUUUAGCUUAAAUUAUUAAUUUAUUAAUUUAAAUAACAUAACUAUUUCAAACUUUCUAAUUGGAAUUACAAUUAUAAUUAUUUCAAAAAGUUAGGACCAAUUCUUAUUUUCAUAUGAUGUAGGAUGUUUUAAAAUCUAUAGUUUCAAUUUUCUCAUUCAUUUCAAGUUGUCUCGAUUAUAAUUUUUGACAUCUAUAUUAUGUACUUUUGAUAUUUGUUUUUUUACAGUUGAAGUUCUAUGUUUUUCUUCUUUCUUUGAGUCUGAAAUACUAGGACCAAAUCAGUUUUGUUACAUGGAAUUUGGAAUUAUGAAUUAGGUAUUCCGGAAUUACUUUAGUAGUUAUUUCACAUGUAUGUUUUAUUACUGUUUAAUCUAUAAAAAAAAUAUGCUUUGAUAUUAAAUUUUGAGAAUUGCAUAUGUAAUCAUGUUAUGAACAUGUUUUUAAUAGUUUAGUUUCUAAAACAGAUAAAAAUAAAUAUAUUUUUAAUGAAUAAUUAGAUUUAUCAUUAUAUAAUUAACCAUAAAUUAAUUUUAAUAAUAAAACUAUCAUUAUCUAUUGUUUCUUUUAUUAAAAUUAAACUUAUGAAAUAUUAAGAUAAGUCAAUGUAUAUAUUGAUCAAGUAAACCAAUGAAAUAUUGUUAUUAUCUCAAUUCGUUUUAAAAAAAAAUAAAUUCUACAAAAUUAUCAUCAAACUUUAGUUUUUAUUUAAUUUUUAUUUAUUUUUAUUUAUUUUGUUCUUAUUUGGAUUUUGUGUGUUUUAAUGUUCUUUUGGUAAGUUAAUUCAUGUUUACGGUUCAAAAAUACAAAGUAGAUUCACAGAGACCAAAAGUUCACAUUCUUAUUUUACUUUAUUGUGUAGAAUAUUUGAUAUGUAAUUAUGCUCUUAACGUCUCAUAGUUUUAUAGCUUUCCUUUGUGUUAAGAAGAAUAAGAUCGAAAUAAAAAUCGAAGAGAACUAAAAUGAUUAAAAAUAUAAAGAAUAAGUUAUCAUGAUGUUUAAAUCAUAAUACAUAUAUUACUAAUUAUUAGCAAAACGAUCAUAUGACCGCAUGUGCGGACAAAACACUAGAAGGAUAUUUUUAUAAACUCAAAUCUACUUGUUACACCGGUGGCGUACGUGAUUGACGUAUUUAUAAAAUUACAGGUGGCAUUAUGUUAGUUUAACUCAUACCUAGGUUAUGAAUUUGACGUGGCAGCCUAUGUAUUACAGGUGGCGUAGGUAACUAAAACAAAAAAUUUUUAAAGGAGGCAAAAGAAAAAUAUACUCAAAACUGAGAAGCUAACGGUUUCUUCUUCGCUUCUCUCUCUAUUGCUAACAGAAACUUCCCGCCUUCUUCUUUUUUUCCCCCAAUUCUCGAGUUUCUAGGGUUUCUAGUUUCGCGCUUUCAAUGGAGGAAUUGACGGCAGCAAACGCCGAUACUCUGAGGAUGGAGUUAAAGAAGACGAUGACGGAGAUACUCGACGUCGGAGGCGUAAGCGAAGAUCGCAGCGAGACUGACGGAGCCUUGGUAGCAGUUGACGAGGCGGUUAGAAUCCUGAAUCGUCUGAGGGAAGUUGAAUCGAAGAUGCCGGACUCAGCAACUUCUUCGUCUUCUCCGGCUUCUGUGCUCGAAGUGCCGAAAGAGUUCAAGUGUAUGCUCUCGCGUGCUAUCAUGAGCGAACCUGUGGUCAUUGCUUCUGGCCAGACUUAUGAAAAGAGAUACAUCCAACAGUGGCUGAUGUAUAAAGUGACAUGUCCCAAGACCAAAGAAGUCCUCUCUCACCGUUUGUGGUCACCCAACCAUGUGAUCGCUGAGUUGAUUACGCAAUGGUGUCAAGCCAACAAGUGCGAUCUGCCAAAACCAUCUGAUGCACCCAUUGGACUAUUCCCUGAUGACAUUGACCUAUUGCUUCACAGGAUCUCCUCUCCCUCCUCAGUUGAAGACCAGACAGGAGCUGCGAACGAGCUGCGUCGUCAGACCAAGAGAUUUGCCGAUGUCACGGCCUUCUUUGUCGCUGAAAUCCCUGAUUCCAUCACACGGUUGCUCACUCCGCUCUCUGCUUUGGGCGAGGCCAUUGACUCGAACCCGGGCCUUCAGAAGAAUAUCAUCACCGCAUUGCUCUACAUCUCGAGUCUUGAGGAGAACAAAACAGCAGUUGCUCAGAACCCUAUUGUGAUCCCACUGCUUACAAAGUCGCUGAAGCAGGGGACAGCUAAGACACGAAGAAACUCCGCAAAUGCUUUAUGGGAACUUUCGAAACUUGAUUCUAACAAGAUCCACAUCGGGAAAUCAGAGACACUGGAGGCUUUGGUACUUGUUAUCAAAGAGGAUCAUUUCACUGCCGCCAUAGGUGCCGCUUAUGCUGUUUUCCAACUCUGUUGCCUACCGGAGAACAGGGGCAAAGUGGUUUCAGAAGGUUUGGUUCCCGCGCUGAUCAACAGGAUUAAAGAACGAAGCUAUGUGUAUAUCUACUUUGCUCUCUUGUCGCUUAUGACUAUACAAAAAGGGGUGAUUGAAGAAAUGGAGGAUCUAGGGUUUGUCGAUGAUAUGUGCAGUAUCUUGAGGAAUACGAGUUGCUCAGUGACUGAAGAGAACGGUGUAUCGAUCGUCCUCCUUCGCAUGUGCGGUCUGAACACGGGUGACAAAGACAGAGAGAGGACUAGGCUGAAACUGAUCAAAGAAGAGGAGGAUAAAUACUCGACAUUUACAAAGUUUGCAACGCAAGGAUCACAAUGUGCAGUGGCAGAAGCAGAAGCGGUUUUGCAGUGGAUCAAGAGGUCCGUUACAGGUGAAGAGCCAUAAAGGGUGGAUGAAGGGAACCACCACACUCAGGUCUUGUUGAUAAAUAAAACGAUUAGUUUUGCAAACUGAGUCUUGGUGAUGCAUGUAAAAAUUUUAGAAAGAGGGAAAAGUUGUAUAGGUUCUGUCUGAAAACGGAAAGUGCGUAAGGAGGGCCUGACUUUGCCACUUUUAAUUGACGUGUGCUGUUUCUGUUUCAUAUUCCGACUAGUGAAAAUCAUCCGAGAGGAUUGCGUGAGCCCCAAGUCAUGUGGUUUUCUCGUGUAUUCUUCCAAAUGCUAAGCUGUGCACUGUCCCAAUCAUGAAACGGCAAACACUUUGACCACUCCAACCUCUUAUCUAUAG